UCCAGGCUGAGUUGACAAGCUUCCCAAGAAAACACAAAAAUGUCUCCAGAUUCAAAAAAUUUUUUCAACAUACUUAUUUUGGGAGUCUCAUUUAUGUUUAUAUUUACUGCUUUCCAAACAUGUGGAAAUAUUGCGCAAACAGUUAUCACAAAUUUAAACAGCACAGAGUUUCAUGGCAGUGGCUAUACAAGCAUGUCAAUUAUUUAUGGAGUUUUCUCUGCAUCAAAUCUUAUUUCACCUUCAAUAGUUGCAGUGGUAGGACCUCAACUCUCCAUGGUGAUUAGUGGUGUAUUUUAUAGCUUAUACAUUGCAGUCUUUAUCCAGCCUUCUACAUGGGCUUUCUACACUGUUUCAGUUUUUAUUGGCAUUGCAGCUGCUGUAUUGUGGACAGCACAGGGAAAUUGUUUGACUGUAAAUUCUGAUGAAAACUCCAUAGGAAGGAACAGUGGAAUAUUUUGGGCGCUCUUACAGUCUAGUCUGUUUUUUGGAAACCUCUAUAUAUACUUUGCUUGGCAAGGAAAAACUCACAUAUCAGAGAGUGAUCGUAGAACUGUUUUCAUUGCCCUGACGGUUAUCAGUCUUGUGGGCACAGUUCUGUUCUUUCUGAUUAGAAAACAAGAGGACACAAAAACACCAGGGGAGGAAGAUUCUACUAAUGAACUCCAGGGGGACAGCUCGUCUUCCCAAAGCAAAAUGGCAAGAGCAGUGGCUGCCUUUAAGAAAGCUGUUAAGCUGAGCUUUACCAAAGAGAUUCUUCUUCUCAGUGUUACAACUGCCUAUACAGGUUUGGAGUUAACUUUCUUUACUGGAGUAUACGGAACAUGCAUUGGUGCUGUGAAUAGGUUUGGUAAUGAAGAGAAGAGCCUUAUUGGUCUCUCUGGUAUUUUUAUUGGUGUUGGAGAAGUCUUAGGUGGAGGAAUCUUUGGUUUAGUGAGCAAGAAGAAUCGCUUUGGUAGGAACCCUGUUGUGCUGCUGGGCAUCAUUGUGCAUUUCAUAGCCUUUUAUUUAAUUUUUUUCAACAUGCCAAAUGAUGCUCCUAUUGCUCCUAUGGAAGGAACAGAUGAUAUUGCUUAUAUGAUUCCAAGCAAGGAGGUGGCCAUUUUGUGCAGCUUUCUGUUGGGCUUGGGAGACAGCUGCUUUAACACACAACUCCUCAGUAUUCUGGGAUUCCUUUAUUCAGAAGACAGCGCUCCUGCCUUUGCCAUCUUUAAGUUUGUUCAGUCCAUCUGUGCUGCAGUCGCAUUUUUCUACAGCAACUACUUCCUCCUGCAGUGGCAACUCCUGAUCAUGGUGGUUGUGGGGUUCUUUGGGACUGUUACCUUCUUUGUGGUGGAGUGGGAAGCAGAAGCCUUCGCUGCCCGGGGCUCUGAGUACAGCAGCAUUUGA